AUGAUGCGGGGCUCCAAGAAGAAGAAGAAGUGGGACACGGGGAGGAGCCCGGUGUCCGAGCUCCCGGACGACCUCCUGGUCGAGAUCAUCUCGCGCUUGCCCUACAAGUCCACCUGCUGUUGCCAGUGCGUCUCCACGCGCUGGCGCGAUCUAAUCUCCCACCCGGACCACCGCAAGAAGCUUUCUCAGUCGACCCUCGCCGGCUUCUUCUUUGAAACAUGGGACACAAAAAAGGUUUCUCGUCGUUACCAAAGCGUCUCCGGGAACUGGCGCCCUCCCAUCAACUCCUCCCUCUCGUUCCUGCCGCGAUGCGAGAAACUCCACAUAUUGGACUGCUGCAAUGGCCUCCUCCUCUGUAAGUGCUGGCAGGACACUGAUCGCAAGAUACUUGAUUACGUGGUGUGCAAUCCGGCCACCGAGAAGUGGGUGGUCGUGCCUGCCACAAACUGGUCCAGCAAGUUGUACAAAGCUCACCUGGGGUUCGAUCCAGUGGUCUCAUCACACUUCCAUGUUUUUGAGUUCGUACCUACCUAUGUCUGGGAUGGGGAUAAGAGUGGUGAUCAUAGUCAAAGAUACAUCAAAGUGGUGGGAAUCUACUCUUCCAAAGCUGGAGUUUGGACACGUCAGCGUGCAUGGGACCUUCCAAUUGAAACAGUCCACUUUAUAGGUAGCGCAUUUUUGACCGGGAUCCUGUAUUUAACUUCCAAUAAUGAUUUGGUUGCAACCGUUGACGUGGAUGGAAAUUGCAGUUCCGUUCGUGUUCCUAAACCACACUGUCCCGGUUGUGCUUAUGAUGUUUAUGUAUCACGGGGCCAUUUGUAUAUCGCAAAUUGUGAUGCUUCUGAAAUAUCAAUCUGGGUUUUAGAAGAUUUUAGCACUGCAAAAUGGACAUUGAAGCUCAAUGUCAGCUACGAGCUACUGUUUGGAACAAGGUAUUCAAGCCAUGAUGAUCAUUGCUGUGUUAUCUCAGCUCACCCAGAACAUAAUGUCAUAUUCAUAAUUGUAAAAUAUACUUUGUAUUGGCGUUCACUGGUGGAACUAUUUUCCUACGAAAUGGAUUCUAAGGAGCUGCGUUUGAUAUGUGAUCUUGGACGGGAAUCCAGCUUCCCUUAUCUUUCAUACGUUCCAUUGUUCUCAGAGUCAUUGGCAGAUGAACACUAA